UCUCAUUAAGCAUUAAAUGGCUGCCACAUAAACAAGUCUAUAUCUGAUGAAGUCACACCAAGAGCAACUUUAUUAUUCAUCUCUACAAUCACCACUAAGCCAAACCCAUAUGAUAAUAUUAAUAUAUAUGAGCAUACAACCAGUUUCCAUUUAUUAGUCACUUUGCUAUUACUUAAUUCUAGCAAAAAUGGAAGGCAUUGUAAAAUCACUCUACCUAACAAAAAUUCCAAAGUCUCAAACCUGCUCAGCUUCUCUGUUGAAUUCACCACUUUCAUUUCACUCAAAUGCCACUUCAGUAACUUUCAAUUCAGCAAUACAGCACAAAUGCUUUCUUUUUCAGCAACAACAACAAAGUGGUGUUAUACAUCCCAAAGCAAAACAAAAAGGGACUCUGGGAGCUAUACAUGCAUCAUUAGAAGCUGCAACUCCAACAACAAAUGCUACAGAAAAAUGGCUUCUUAAACCAAUCGGAGAUGGUGAUACAAGGCAUAUAGGGUUCAAGGUUGAGAUGCCAGGUGCAUAUGAAAUUGCUUCUAGUGAAGUGACUGUAGGACGUGUUCCAGAGAAAGCUGAUCUGGUAAUCCCAGUUGCAACAGUGUCUGGUGUGCAUGCACGCAUUCGGAAAAAUCAAGGUAAACUUCUUGUUAUGGAUUUGGAUAGCACCAAUGGAACCUUCAUUGAUGACAAACGGCUGAAACCUGGAGUAGUUGCCACUGUAUCUUCUGGGAGUUGUAUUAUAUUUGGGGAUGCCAAUUUGGCUAUGUUCCGUGUGUUAAAGGUAGAAGAUGAGAAGGAUGCAGAUACAGCUGAAGAAACAGAAGGUGAAUUAGACAAUGAUGACAAAUCUGAUACUACUGAAACAAGUUGAACUUCUACUGAUUUGUUUUGCGUAGUUAAAAAUGUUCAGCUCUGUUUUAUAAUGCCACUUUGAUACAAGCAUAUUCUCUGUUUGUAUUAGGAAGAGAUAAAUUUGCAGUUUUGAUAAGAACAUGCAUGUUACAAGCAAAAAACUUUAGUUAGACUUUAUUUAUCUUUUGAUCGAACUUUAAA